UUCCUUGAAACAAUCAAUUUCUUUGCUGUCAAUUAUGAUAAUGUUGACGUUAAUGGUGAUUUAAUAUAUGAUUAUGACCACCUUAGUGCUUUUCAAUGAUCAAUCAUGUUGCUGUGGGCGAUGAUGAUUUAGCACGCUGUCAUGACUACGAUCAUGUGGGCGUUCUCUCUAAUGAACAAUGAAAUUGAUGGUGAAUGGUGAUGGAUGGUGCCGAAGAAGAAGUAAAAGGAGAGGGGAAGCCCAUGGAUUGCAGCAAACACCAGAAGCGGAUGAAGGACAGAGAUCUUGGUGUCUCAUGCAUGGUGAACACAGAGGUUGGUGCUCUCUUGACAGUCAUGAGAAUGAAUCCCGUGGACAUGCCUACACCUCAAUUCGGCAUUCAUGGUACAGAGGAAGCCGUCGACACCUCCUUCAUCAACUCCCUCAAGUCCCUGCGCACCUUCAUCUUCAACCUCCAGCAGGAUUGGCACUCAAUCAAUCCCUCCAUCUAUCUGUCACCCUUCCUAGACGUGAUUCAGUAUGAAGAGAUCUCUGCAGCAGCCGCUGGAAUCUCUCUGUCGGCCAUACUCAAGAUUCUUAGGCUGGACAUCUUUAACACAGGGACGCCCCGAGCUCGGGAAGCGAUGCAUUCAGUCGUGGAAGCCAUUGCCAAUUGUCGGCUAGAGCGGGCCAACAUGCCUGCAGAUGACGCCAUUCUCAUGAGGAUUCUUCAGCUUCUCGUUACAUGCUUGAAGUGCAAGGGCUCUCCAUUGUUGAGUGACAAUGCGGUUUGCACCAUUGUUAACACCUGCUUCCAAAUAGUUCAGCAAUCCGCAUCCAGAGGACAUGUGCUCCAACGUUGUGCCCGGCACACCAUGCAUGAAUUGGUGCAGAUGAUCUUUGCUCGCUUGCCAGACCUGGACAGCAGUGUUGAGAUAUUGUUGGAUAAUGACCAUAUAUCGACCAUGAAUUAUGGCAUUGGUGCCAUAAUUGACAUAUUUCAAUUUAUAUGUUCUUUGUUGAAUUUAUCUGUUGAAGUGCCGUUUGAUUUUGAUUCGACAGUCAGUGGGCCUGAUGAAGAUAUUCAAUUAUUUGCACUAAUCCUAAUAAAUUCUGCAAUCGAGUUAGGAGGCGAAGCGAUUGCUAGGCACCAAAAACUGCUAGGAAUAAUUCAAGAUGAUCUCUUUUUCCAUCUCAUUCACUACGGUUCAAAUUCUAGUCCUUUAGUAUUAUCAAUGAUUUGCAGUACAGCUCUUAAUCUAUACCAUCACCUGCGAAGUUUUUUGAAGCUUCAGCUCGAGGCCUUUUUUUGGUUUGUCUGUUUGAAGAUUGCAGGAGGGAAGCUAUACACAGCACAACAAGAAGAAGUUGCAAUUGAAGGCUUGGUUAGCUUCUGUAGGCAGCCCAAAUUUGGAGUAGAAAUGUACAUGAAUUUUGACUGUGAUCCAAUGCGCGAAAACAUAUUUGAAGAAAUAGGGAAGUUACUUUGUAAAAAGGCAUCUCCAGGAACUGGUCCAUUGACAUCUAUACAGUCACAAUCUUUUGAUGGAAUGGUUGUGAUGAUUCAAAACAUUGCAGAUGGCAUAGAUGGCAUUGACAGAACGAAUUCUAACUUGAAAUCACCAGAAUUUUAUGACGCCCCUUCUUCUAGCUCCGAUUGUAUAGAAACUACAAAGUAUAGGUCAUUUUGGACUGAAAAAUGUGAGGACUAUGGUGAUUCAGAGACAGUGAUUGAGUUUGUGAGGAUGAGGAAGUGCAUGAAGAAGAGAUUGAUGGUCAGUUCAGACCAUUUUAACAGGGAUGAAAAAAAGGGUUUGGAGUUCUUGAAACAUUCACAGCUUGUUCCUGACCCUCCUGAUGCACAUAGUAUAGCCUAUUUCUUGAGGUAUACUCAAGGUGUGGAUAAGACAUUGGUUGGAGAUUAUCUUGGUGAUCCAGAUGAGUUUCAUAUACAAGUUCUCAAGGAAUUCACCUCAACUUUUAACUUCACAAACAUGACCCUUGAUAUUGCACUUCGGAAUUUCCUCGAGACAUUCAGAUUGCCCGGAGAAGCGCAAAAGAUUCAGAGAGUUCUUGAGGCUUUUGCCGAGAGAUUUUAUGUGCAAUCUGAUGAAACAUUUGCAGACAAAGAUGCAGUCAUGGUGUUGUGUUAUUCUCUUAUAAUGCUAAACACCGACCAGCAUAAUGUACAGGUGAAGAAGAAGAUGACAGAGGAGGAAUUCAUAAGAAAUAAUAGGAACAUAAAUGGGGGAGAGGAUCUACCUAGAGAAUAUCUGUCCGAGUUGUUUCAAUCAAUUGCAAAUAAUGAGAUCACAUUAGCGGAUCAAUCUGCAGCUUCUGAAGACAUGAAUCCAAGCAGAUGGAUCUAUGUUAUCAACCAGUCAAACAAUACAGAUCCCUACAUCUCCUGUGAUACUCGGCCUUGGUUGAACCGUGACAUGUUCUCUACCCUUGUUGGCCCUUCAAUCGCUACAAUUGCAGCAAUCUUUGAACAUACAAAUGAUGACAAUAUCUUGAAGCAGUGCAUGGAGGGCUUCAUUGCAGUGGCAAGAGUAGCAAGGUACAAAUUUGAAGAUGUUCUAGAUGAACUUCUAGCAAUGUUAUGCAAGUUCACCACCUUGUUGAAUCCAUUUUCGUCUCUGGAAGAGACCCUCUUCAGCUUUGCCGAAGAUGUCAAGCCAAAGAUAGCUACACUUACAGUGUUCACCAUUGCCAACAAGUUUGGUGAUUCCAUCCGCAGUGGCUGGAGGAACAUUGUUGAUUGUUUGCUAAGAUUGAAAAAGCUCAAGUUGUUGCCUCCCAGCCUUUCAGGAGCAGAAGUUGAAGCCCCAGCAGAUCGACUGGAUCUUGAUGUCCCAUUACAUUCCAGAGCUGAAUCUUGUGUUGUACUACCAUUAAACAUGAACAGUGAAGGCCGUUUCUCAAGCCUGAUGGGAAAAUUUACAGCUUUCUUGUCAGCUGAAAGCAACGAUGAACGCAUGUCUACUGGCAGCAGAAGCAUCAUAGACAAAACCUUGCAGUUUAUUAAUCAGUGUUGCAUUGACAGCAUAUUUUCGAAGGCAAAGUACUUGGAUGAUGAUUCCUUACAACAUCUUGGUAGAGCACUUUUGAUGGCAGCUGCUGGACGGACGCAAAAAUUCACUAGCCCUUUAGAUGAAGAAGACACCGCAGGAUUUUGCUGGGAUCUGAUUGUUAUGAUCACGGUGCCCAAUCUUAAUCGAUUCAUGUCUUUCUGGCCUGCUUUCCAUGAAUACCUUGCGAUGACAAGUCAGUUACCUAUAUUUGCUUCAUGUCCCUUCGUCGAAAAGUCACUCUGUAGUUUACUAAACAUCAGCAAGAAGCUUCUUCUUCAAUCAGAUUCUCAAUCAGAAGAACUUAUUUUCAAAUCUCUGCAAGUAAUCUGGAGAAUAGAUGGUCAAGUUGGAGAUGCAUGCUGUGAAGAAAUUACCCAACUGGCAGCCAAUGUUCUGAUAGAAGAUGCCAAGAAGAUCCAGACAGAGUUUGGGUGGCAAUCAGUGCUUGCUGUUUUGUCAAUGGGUGCACGACACCCUGAAGCAUUUAACGAUGGCAUCGAAGCACUUAUCUUCUUGAUGUCUGCUAAUGGAGCAUAUCUUACGAGCACAAAUUAUAACAUGUGCAUUGAGACUGCAUUUAGUUUUGCGGCUUCAAAAGUCAGCUCUAUAGAACAGAGCAAGCAACUUAUUGAUCUAAUGGCAGAUUCCAUGCCUCUACUGAUUUCAUGGCACCAUUGUGGAUUCGCAGACCCUGAUAGUAGUGUUAACAGCGGCAGUAGCUCAUCAUUUGCAAUUCAAGACUCAUCUGGAAGCAGUACAUCAUGUACUACUACAAUGUUCAUGAAGUUGGUCGAAAACCUUCGGAAGAUGUGUCUGAUUCGACGAGAGGAGAUCAGAAAUUAUGCAGUAUCAUUAUUAAGGAGAUGUUUUGUGAAGGCUGAAGAGUUGGGGUUAACUUCAUCAGCAUUCAUGCUUUGCUUCAAUAAUGUCGCAUUUGCCAUGGCUGAUGAUUUGCUGGAGAAAGCAGUUGAGUACUCGAGAAGAGAGAACUCAGAGAAGGAGAUGCAUAGCACAGAGGGAACACUGAUUUUGAGUAUGGAGUUUCUAGCAGACACUUAUGUUCAAUUUCUGCCGCUAAUUUCAACAUCUUCUGGGUUUAAAUCCUUCUGGUUGGGUGUUCUCCGAAGGAUGGACGCCUGCAUAAUGGCAGAGUUGGGUGGCAGUGACAGUUUGAAGAUCCUGGUACAAGAUCUACUGAGGAGGAUGAUAAUAGCCAUGAAAGAGAGGAACAUUCUAAUGCAGAAGGAAGAUAAUGAGCUGUGGGAUGUAACUGUUACUCAAAUUCUGAAGAUAGCACCCGCGGUUAAGGAUGAGCUUCUUUCUGAAAACUAAUUGG